CAAAGUACACAACACGUAACUCAGAAACAAACAAACGCACGCGAAGAACACUAAUUACAUACCAAAUUACCGAACCAUUAACAAACAUUGCUGCUGUAGAGCUAAUUUCUCAUCCAAAUCUAAAUGGAUAAUCAAAACGAAACAUUGCAAUAACGUUACUAUCAAACAACAAACCCUAAAUUCUCUGGGCUUUGUUGGAUUCUGUAACCUACAUUCCCCAACAUUUUUAAAUUUUUCUUUCCAUACCAUCCAAUUAUGCCUUAGAAGAAACCAAAAGGAAAAAAAAGAGAGAGAGAAAGAAAGAAAAAGUUGAAAUCCUUGGUCAAAUUUCUUCAUGGGGAGGGACCCAUCUUCUGCCACUCUUGAGGUUAAGAUUCAUCCGAGCCGCGAUGACGCCGCCGUCCAUCAUGGGCAGGGGUCGAGCCCCCCAAUUCCUCCGCGCCACAGCCAGAGAACCUCGCCGGCGGGUUCCUCCUCCUCGUCCUCAAAUGCUACCUCGCGCAACCGCGAGGACCGUGAGUUUAGUUUGUUCAGACGGUGGAUCCCAUGGCUGGUACCGUGCUUUGUGGUGGCUAACGUUGUCUUGUUCAUCAUCACAAUGUACGUUAAUGAUUGUCCAAAACAUUUGUUCCGUGGUUCGUGUGUUGCAAGCUUUCUCGGCAGGUUCUCUUUUCAGCCACUUAAGGAAAACCCUCUCCUUGGCCCUUCUUCAUACACAUUAGAGAAGAUGGGUGCUCUAGUAGUAGAUAGAGUUAUUCAUGGCGAGGCUUGGCGCCUAUUAUCUUGUAUGUGGUUGCAUGGUGGGGUUGUCCAUAUACUUGCCAACAUGUUGAGUCUUGUUUUUAUUGGAAUUCGGCUUGAGCAAGAAUUUGGAUUUGUUCGAAUUGGAUUUCUAUAUGUGAUAUCUGGUUUUGGAGGGAGCUUGCUGUCUGCUCUAUUCAUUCAAUCAGGUAUCUCUGUUGGUGCUUCUGGGGCGUUGUUUGGCUUAUUAGGAGGCAUGCUAUCAGAGAUCUUAAUAAAUUGGACCAUAUAUGCCAAUAAGGUUGCUGCAUUGCUGACUCUUAUAGUUAUCACUCUAAUCAAUUUAGCUGUUGGAAUCCUUCCACAUGUAGACAAUUUUGCUCAUAUUGGAGGAUUUCUCUCGGGUUUCUUCCUGGGUUUCGUUUUCCUUAUUCGACCCCAGUUUAAGUGGAUUGUCCAAAGAAAUUCUCCUUCUGCACCUUCUUCUUUGAAGAAUAGGCACAAACCUUAUCAAUAUAUCCUGUGGAUAAUCUCUUUCCUACUACUGACUUCUGGGUACAUUAUAGGCUUGAUUUUUCUCCUUCGAGGUGUUAACUUGAAUGAUCAUUGCUCGUGGUGUCGUUAUUUAAGUUGUGUCCCUACGUCAUUGUGGAGAUGCGAUGCAAAACAAGUAUACUGUGAGACAUCUCAAAUAGGAAACAGACUCAACAUAACAUGCUUAAGCAAUGGGAGAAGUGAGCUUGUUGAUAUGCCAAAUGUCGGUUUUCCCAGUCCUUUAGAGUUAUGUUCCCAACUUUGCCGGUGAUGAGUGAAUCAGUGAUGACACACCUCCAACAUGUCUAGAUGAUGCAGUGGUAUUCAACUUCUUGUGCAUAUUAUUCACUGUAGUAACUAACUGCAUAGAAAUUCUUCCUUCUGGAUUGGAGAGCAUCGUUGCUGCUAUGAAUAUAUUCUUGAUCAAUGUUGUUUCCAUCGCUUAGGUGUGCUAUUAUUAUUCUCUGUCUUUUGUAACAACAGAUGAAAUCACUGAAAGUCUUAAUUGUUUAAAGCAGCAAGUAAAUGCUCCUUGAAGGAUAUAUAGCGAUAGAUAAAAAUGCAUUGAUGUAGAGUUUUAAAUAUCU